UUCAGAGAGAAGACCAUGAAUCUGGAAGGCCCACUUAUUGAGGACAAAGACAUAUUAGAGUCCCUGCUGGCCUGUAACAGAAAGAUGGAGAAGAAUCGGCAGAUCAUCAUCGAGACAUGCAACAGUGAUGAUGAGCAGCUGAAAGAGUUGUGUCAGCCCUACGCACCCAUGGUGAUAAAAGCAGCCACCAUCUAUGCAGCUUUUGAACACCUCCCCAAACUGAACGAAUGCUAUUACAUCUCAUUCGACAUGUUCCUGAAGAUAUUUGUAGGAGCGCUACGUCGUUGUGACAGGGGUUUCAGUGCCCAGGAAAUGAAAUUAAGGGCCAACGAACUGUCAGUGGUGACCACAACAGCCAUAUUUGAACACCUAACAAGAAUGAUGUUUGAGCAACACCUUCAGUUAUUUUACCUCCUUGUUGUGUUGGAGACAUUUCAUUUAUCCAGUGCAGCAACCACUGACGAGAUCGGUGUCUUUUUAUAUGAAUUCAAUUCAGAAGAUUUAGAGGCCAUUGAAAGGGUACUUCCUGACAAACCUGGGUGGAUCUCAAAAGAGGGUUGGCUGAAAUGUUUCCUUUUGGAGAAAUCAAUCGAUGCCUUCUCGAACCUCCUUGAAUACUUGACCACUGACCAAGCUGACAAAAAAUGGCCAGAAUAUUUUAAGAAUCCCAGUGUUCUUGUGAAUCAAGUUCCCGAAGAAAAUCUGAAACACUUGACUGUGUUCCAAAGAGCGAUUCUGUGGAAGUUCUGUUGUCCUGAGAGACUCAGUGAGGUAUGCUAUGCAUUAGUGAUCAGUCAACUUGGCAAUGUGAUUCCGACCAAGGAAAAUUACAACAUCCGAGAUGUCUUCACAUGUACAAACAACACCUGCCCUGCUCUGUUUUUGCUGCCGUCUCCCGGAGGACACAAAGACUUUGACGGAAGCGAAGGUUGUUUGUAUGCCGACCCAGUUCGAGAGGUGAAACGACUGGCCAAAGAGCUAAAGAUAGGCCGCUAUGUGUACGUGGUCAACUGCUGCGACCAGUUGAACGUGGAUUCGCUGCUACAGUGUGUGGACGACUGCUACAGGAAUGGUUACUGGUUAGUCCUAAACAACUACCACAUGACCCCAGAAAACAUUCACAACAAACUCAUUGCCGUCUUUCAGCUGAUUCUGUCCACGUAUAAAAAGAAAAAAGAAGACAACACAGUGACGCCACAACAAACGUCUGAUUAUUUGACUGGUGAGGAGGAUAAAGGGGAAAAUUUUCGACUGUGGGUCACAUACACCCUCCACCAGGGACACCAAGUACCUCCAGCCAUGCUUCUUCAGAACAGCAUCAGGGUGUCUUGUGAGACGGUCCCAAAUUUCCUGUCCAUCCUCACGAAAUGCCACAGGGCAGUAAAUUUUCUGCUUCGAAAACACAAAUAUAACCAAAGAAACUUGUAUAGAUUUAAAACCCAUGUCACGCCAUUUUCUACUUACACCUUUGAUGUUGCUGGUUUUGCUACAAUUCAUGCCAUUCUCCUACAGCAACAAUGCUGCACCGUUCCCGAGAAGUUCCCUGGACCAGCACCUCCUGUCCACUGGUCACUGCUAGAUAUGGCAGCAAUGGUAGACCUCGCCAAACCAUUCCUUCCGUUGAGCAAUCAAUCGAUUAUUAGCAAGCUGACGGCAUUGCUUAGCUCGGUCUAUGCAGGUCAAUGUACCACCGUCUAUGAAGUGAACCAUAUUCAGGCUGUUAUCAAGGACAUCUUAACUGUUUUCUACUUCACUAACCAGCAUGUUCCGAAAACGGAGGAAACCAGCAGAGAAGACACAGAGAUUUUCAUGGAGUCAACAAUAUCUGGCAGCCAAACCGAAAUGCCAUCGUAUCAGAGUUCGUUGUUGCCCACACUCCUGUCGGCAAUGAUCAAGGCAAUCAUUGAGGGACUCACGUCUGAAACCCCUUCCAUCAGACGAUUCAUUCAGAGCCCUUACUUACGAGACACGAUUGCUAACAGCAACGGAAUCACCAAUGUUGUGUGCCAGCUGUUUGGUAUGCCGGCAUCGGCACGGGGCAACUUGGUUUGCCAUCUCAGCAGGUUACUCAUGGACCAAAUAUCCAGAAUCACUUUCUGGAAAGACUGCCAUGUUGUCCAGAGGAAAGGCCAAGCUGGAACCUUUCAUGAGCCUCUAGCUGAACUGAUUGAAAAGUUAAGUGACAUCCUCAAUACAUGCCCAAGAGCAGAGUCAUCAAAUGUCACUACUCUAUACUGUCUCUAUCCGGAUGAAAAUCUCAUCAAACUAGAACUGCAAGGUUUUGCAGAGAUGCAGCACCAGAUAGAAAAGCAUUUGGCCAUUUUGAGAAAAUACGCCAACAAGGAGAUACUUCUGUGCAAAGAGUUACACGAAGUGAAGGAUGAUCUCAUCAUUAAUAAAGUUCCGAAAUGCUGGCUGGAGAAGACUUACCCGACAGAAACCAACCUCACUGACUGGAUACAGUCUUUCCAAACGAAGUUCACAAAGGUACUGUCUUUGAGUCAGAAUUACACAGUCUUCCAGAAGCAUGACCUUGGCAUCUUCCUCCGCCCCGAUCGACUGAUCUACACAUAUCUACAGACUUACACACGGAAAACAUUCAAAGAUGUCUGUAAUAUUGAACUGUAUGCUAUGUUGCAGAAUAAAGAACAGAGCAUCAAAGACACUAAUACAAUCGUCAUCGAGAAUGUGUCACUUUGUGAAGCGAAAUGGCACAAAGAAAAUUUGGAAUUUAUUCAGGAAGAUUUUGAGAGCAAGUUUGCAGACUCAGACGUGUUACCAAAACACUACACGUUGAUGCUGAGAUAUAGAGAGUUGAAGAAAACCCAAGCUAAAAAUGUCUACUACUGUCCCCUCAUUAUUUCUUCCCGUUCUCCAAGCCUAAUGCAUGCCGAUGUCAUCGCUGAAAUUCCAUUACAAACUACAAAAGAACCCCUUAUGUUCUGUGGCAAAGGUGUUUACUUGAGAGUAGUUUUAUAAUGUUAAAGAACACCUAUACAAGCUCUGUUUUUAUUUAUAUUUUACUUGGGUGGGGGGCAGAGGUAAGUGAAGGCGGUUGGAAGAGGAAUGGUAAAAAUAAUGGAACAAAAUGUUAUAAAAGGAUGGACUAUGUAAUUUUGUCCCAGAGAAAAUUUAUUUUGAUAAUGAAAUAUUAUUUAAUUUCUGAA